AUGCAAGUCCGAUUAUUUUUAUUUCAAUUACUUCGUGGUCUUGCAUUUUGCCAUGCGAAGAAAAUUUUGCAUCGAGAUUUGAAACCGCAAAAUUUGUUAUUAAAUGGUAAUGGUGAGUUGAAAUUGGCUGACUUCGGCCUAGCCCGUGCAAAAUCAGUACCAAGUCGAACCUAUUCACAUGAAGUAGUAACGUUAUGGUAUCGACCACCAGAUGUAUUACUCGGUUCAACGGACUAUUCGACAUCUCUCGAUUUGUGGGGUGUUGGAUGUAUAUUCGCUGAAAUGUGUACUGGUGUGGCCCUUUUUCCGGGAACAAAAGAUGUCGGCGAUCAGUUAGAUCGAAUAUUUAGUAUUAGAGGUAUUCCUGAUCCGAAAAAAUGGCCCGAAGUACUUAAGUUACCACAUUAUUCACCCAGCUUUUAUCCACCGUAUCGGGAGUUACCCUGGAGUGAGAUACAUAAAUCUUUGUUGAAUCCAACGGAUCGUAUAUCAGCAAAUGGAGCAAUGAUGCAUCCAUACUUUGGAUGCCUUCCGUCAAGUAUUCAUUUAUUGCCACCCACAGCUUCUAUUUAUUCAUUGCCAAAGAUACGAUCCCUUCAAUGUUCAACUCUUACGUUAUAA